UUUUACCUUCAAAUGAAAGAGAGUUCCAAAGAUGAACGAAAACAGAAAUGCCCAGUUUCCAGGGCAGCCACCAGGGAACUUUGGAAUGAUGAACAAUCAUCCAGGGUUCGGGCCACCUGGCAUGGCAGGUUUUCCCAUGAUGCAACAGCCAGGAAUGAUGGGACCGCAGAACCCCAUGAUGCAGCAGCAAAUGAUGAUGGCAAACAGAGGACCAAUGAUGCAAGGAAAUAUGUUUCCUAUGCAGAUGGGAAUGAGGCCAGGGGUCACCCCACCAUCAUAUAACCAGGCUUUGACAGACAGUUACAGACAGAGGGCACCAGCACAACCCAGAGCUCAACCAAGGGGACACAACCCACCCAGACCCAGAGCCCCCCUCUCUCCGGAAAGUCAAAGACGAGCCCUGGAACAGGAGAAAAAAUCCAGGCAGUUCCAGGAACAACAGCAGAGGCUGAAGAACUUCUCCAAAGGAGCAAGUCGAGUGGACGCUGAUUCCCUCAUAGAGUCCAUGUUUGGAAAAGCAGAGAAACCAGCACCCAGAAGUUCAGUUCCUUCAGCUGGAGCCAAUGCUGUUCAAAAUACGGGUCAAACGGAUGAUGGUUUUGGUGAUUUUCUCGGUGGACCAUCGUCUGCUGCUGGACAGGAAGAUUGCCAUGGUAACCAGGAUUUAAACAAGCCUGAGGCCACACCUCCAACAAUAUCGAACAGUGAUGGCAGUGAGCAAAAGACAGUGGAAACAGUAGAAAACAUUCCUCCAAAAGAAGAGAAGAAAGAUCUGAUGUCCAUGAUGUUUGAGUGCUCUGAUCUCUCGGCUCCUAACAAAGCAAGAACAUUCCACAAGCCUUCCCUCAAGGAGCUGCCCCCCACCCACCACCACCACCACCAGACAUUCCAGCAGAGUCGCCACGCCCACCAGUGGAAGCCCGAGGAGGACCUGACCAACCUGUUCAUGGUGAAAGAGCCUGUUCCAGUCUCAGCCCCUCCCACCUCUACACAAGCCCCUCCCCAAACGGUGCAGGCCCCGCCCACACCUGUCACACCGGUCAAGUUUGAAGCUCCUGCUUGGUGUCAUGAUGACGAGAAAGUUCCAUAUGUAUACAGACAAGUCCUUGAAGCUGCUACAGUUGAUGGAAAGAUUUCCACGGACCGGUUGUAUCCAAUCCUGGUUAUGAGUGGCUUACCUAAGGAGACCCUGGGUCAGAUCUGGUCGCUGGCCAACCAGGCUACACCAGGUCAGCUGAUUAAACCGGAACUGUACCUCAUUCUGGCCCUCAUUGCGUUUGCUCAGAACAACAUAACAUCAUUAACGCCAGAAAUGCUGAGGAAAUGCCCUCAACCUCCAGUACCUUUCCUGGGUCAGCAGGCUCCUCCACCCCCUACUCAGCCAGUCAGUACCCCAGGGAUCACCCAGCUACCCCCAAACAACUCAAUCGCAGAGAAUUCUGGGAUACCUGGCCCAUUGCCAACAGUUCCAGUUCAGGGAUCUCAGCUACCUCUUGCAGCAGGGAAUUCUGGGAUUAAUGGCAGUGUGCCAACAUUGCCCGUUAGCCAAGCCAUUGGGAAUCCACCCAUGCCAGGAAUUCCACCUGUAUCUGUUCAGGGAUUUCCUGGGAUAGGGGCUCUGGGUGUGAGUGGGGGUGAGGCUAGUCAAUCUGUGGAUGAUGAUUUUGCAGAUUUCCAAGAAGCUUCUACCCCUGCUGCAGUUAUAUCGGUUUCAACAGCCUCACCAAAGAAAUCUAACAAACUUAAGAAAGAGCCCGAAUACCUGUAUAGUGUCCCUAAACCAGAGGACUUGCCCAAUGAGAUGUCUCCAGAGAUGGAUCAUUCCAACGUGUCCAACUUCUUUGGCAGUGACGACUCCUCAGUAGAGGAUGUCUUGUUGAGUAGCAGUGCACUUGAGAGGUUCAGUGACGGUGUUUCAACUCCAAACAGCAUGGAUGAAGAUUUUGACGACUUCAAAUCCGCGGGUAGCAAGCCGAGCGACAGCAGUCAGUUCACAUCAUCUGAGCAGUCGGAAAAUGAGGACUUUAAGGUACUGGAGUCCUACCUGGAUGACUUCAACCAGAAGAAAUCGGAGCAGGAAAAGCAACAGGAGAGUCCCCUUCAUCGGCCUCUUCCCAAAUUCACCAGCCCUCAGUCAUCACAACUACCCAGCAAUGCGACACUCUCUGCCAUUCCAGCAGCCAGAAACUUAUGGUCUAAACCUCCAGUUGUCAAAAAAGAGUCUGCUAAAGCACAGCCAGGCUUACCGAAAGCUCACUUUGGAUUGUCUCCUCCAGAAUCCUCUGAUUCGGAUUUUGCAGACUUUCAAGGAGCACCCAGCACUACUUUGCCAUCCGAUUCCUCACAGCAGCAAGGAAUGGACAGCCUCAAGGCCUCACAAAGUGAAACUUGUUUAAUUGGGGAUGAGGACAAAUAUGCCGCUCUGAGGGCAUUUGAAAUCAGUGAGGACACUCCAAAGUCAGUGGCGCCAUCUAUAUUUGAAAGUAAGCCAACUAUUGAGAGUGAGGAGGAUUCGUGGGCAGAUUUUCAGGCAGUUACAACCGAUGCUAAGGUUGAUGAAAUUAAGCAGAUUAAUAAUCAAACUGAUGUUCUGGAAACAGACUUUGUAUCGAACACACAAAAUGAUUGGUCAUCAUUUUCAAGUUCAACCAAUAUCACAUCUAAAGAUGAUUCUGAUUGGUCAGCUUUUGGCAAUGGCGCUGAGGUGACACCUAUUCCAAAAGAUGAGCCAUCAAUCUUAUCGCAAGGAGAAAUUCUAAAAGAAACACCUGAAGGUGAUUGGUCAAACUUUUCUGAAGCAGUGGUGACAAAAGAUGAAAGCAAAGAUGAAUGGGCAUUUCAUUCCGCAAGUGUGAAUCAGAACCCACAGCUUGUAGAGGUGAAAAAGCAAAAUCUACAGACAAAGGAUAUUCUGGGUUUGUUCAAAGUUAAGGAUAACCCUGUCAGUGUUGUGUCCAGGGAUGAUUUUGUGGAAACUGAAAGGGAGAAAACUCCCCUCUCUCAGACCACUCCUCCAAAACCCAAGACUAAGAAAUUGUCUUCAGAUUCAGACAUGGAUGACGAUCACUUCAGGGCUCCUCCACCCAUGGAUUUCGUGGAUGAAGAGGAUGAUGCAUUUGGGGAUUUCAGCCGUGGCUAUGAUUUAGACGAGGUUGUGAAUGUACCAGCAGCGCCGGCUGAGAAGAAAAAGAAUCUGUACAACUUUUAUGGAAUGGAUGCUCCAUCUAAUAAAUCCAAGCUCCAAGACUCAACUUAUAAUAAAACAGAGUUAUCCGAGCAGGAUUCAUCAAGUGUAUCUGGAAACAUAUCAGGAUUUCCAAGCAAUCCGACUAUUUCUGAAGAUUCCAUAUCCACAUCAAGUCUUGAUAUGAAAGGACGGAUUCCAGCAGUCAAGGAUAUGGACACACAAUCCAUAUCUAGCAAUGAGUUUGGAACUUUUGAGACUCACCAGAAAUCUUACAUCAAUCCUGAAUCCAAAUCCUUGGAUAGUCUGGAUCUGAAGACUGUAGAAGUGGAGUCUGUGGAUAAUGUGGAAAUGACACAAAAUGACACCAAAGAAGAGAAUGUCACAAAUCCAAAAGAAGAUGACUUCUCUCAUUUUUCAGAACCGGUGCUGCCCCCUGUCAGUAAAGCCCCCGAGCCACUUCCUGUUCUUGGAGAUAGAUACAGCUGCUUAAUGGAGGACAUUCCAGGCAGUGACAAGCAUGUUCAUGAGUGGCAGAAGUGCCUAGAGGGCUGUUACAAGGUCAUUAAGGAGGCCAACACCGUCUUCAACUCCAUCAGCAGCUCAGCGGUCUGUAACGAGGUCAUCAACUCAGAGCAGGGCUCCGACUUUGUCAAAGGUGUUGUUGAAAUCUACAGAGUUGUGUGUAGGAUAAAUUUGUCCAUUGGGUCAACAGGGCUGACCAAUGACACAAUGAAACAACACCUGAAAGAUAUUGACCUGGUCUGGAACAACUUAGCAGCAUUCCUUGUAGGAGGCAACAUGAUGCCCGAAGACAAAGAUCUCGAUUUCAAAAAUGGCAUUCUAAAAUCAGACGACCAAGUGGCCCAGUUCCGAGCGUGCGGUGUUUGCUUAUUGGACGUGGACGCCACCAGUCAGGACUUUGUCAGCGAGGAGCAGUGUGCCAAACUGACAUAUGGUGGGCGGCAGUACCACGCGGUGUGCGCCAACUUGUGGGUCAAUUGUGUGGACAGUAUGCUCCCGGCACUUAGGUUACCGGAAUUGUUAUGAGGUUUGGAAAAAAAGAAUAAUGAUAAAGUAUACUGUUUGUUUUUAUUGUGGGUGUUGUCAACAGAUAUGAUUUUUUUUUUUGAAUCGGCAAAUAAGUAAUAUUCUUUUUUUCUAACAAAAGGCUUUCUUUAAUCUGUAAUGUAUAUUCAAUUCAAUUCAGAAUUAUUGUCAUUGUUUUCCUUUACAGUCAGCAUCAGACUUCAGUUUUUUUCUUUGCCAAAUACAUAGUACAACAAGUUAUACCAGACAUAUGUAACUUCACACAUGUAUGUACAGAUAUAUAUUUUUCUCGCAACUAUACAUUCCAUAUUCUGAUUACCAGGUUAUAAAAACUCUCUGGGCAUAUCUACACUUUUAGCCUCAUACAUAUAUUGUGCAUUUAAUUUUGUGAACUUUAUUCUGAUCACUAGUCAGUGUUUGCUUAGCAACAGAUGAAGAGCAAUUUCUGGGAUAUUUUUAAGCUUAUCACAAAGGAUAUUAAAAUUGAUAUAGUACUUGUUGGUAGAAGUCUGAAAUGCAGUUACUGCAUGUGGUAUAGAAAGUACUCAAUGGUUUGUUUUAUACAUGUUGUGGAUUUUAAAAAUAUUUUUUUCUUUCCGUUAAUCUAAGACGAGAGUGAAUGUAUACAUGGAUGACGAGAAAAUGAAACUGUCUUUCUCUGUUGUUAUAGUAGUGCUUUGUUAAGUGUUAGAUUAUAUCAUCUAAGGAAAAAAAUGAUUUUUCCUCUUUUUGCUCAUCCAUUUGAAAAUUUUUUUUUUAGAAACACUGAUUGUUUAGUGUUAAACACUUGAGAAAAAAAUUGGGGAAUAAUAUGUUGCAUACAAUUACGUAAUUAUGGAACUGUUUUCUUUCACAUAGAAAGGCUUACAUAGUAAAUCUAAAGUAAUACAAAAUAUGAAACCUCUAAUAAAGAAGAGUGUUGAUUGUGUUUACUAUGAAAUGUACUUGACUUACUUAUUCUCUGGUUCACUGUUUAUUUGUAAAUGAAUGAAACCCAUGUAAAAAUGUAUUGAGUAAGUGCUGACUGAAGAUUUAGAAUGUACAGAUAUAUACCAGUAUAGUGUCUGUCCUUGAAUAUUAAGGGCUUUGAAAGUUGAAUGUUCCAAGUAUUAACUGCUAAAGGGAGAGGGGGUUUGGAGUCUUGACCCCUCUUUGGAUUUUCAAAGAAUCAGAAAUUAACCCACCACCCUCGUAAUUAUUGAUCCAAAUGAUGGACAGGGAGUAGAGGUAAUGGGUAUAUAUAUUGAGGGAAUGAAGGGGACCAGCUUACCUUUUCCUUUUUCUGUCCCUUUAAGCUUGCAUACAAAAGUUAGACAGGGGGGUUCUAGGGGAGGGACAUUCUUUUCUAUAUUAAAUAAUUUUGGAGUCGCAUACAUUUUUCUGUU